UUUGGAACGAAUGGAAUUCCGUAAACAUCGUUCAGUCAUGGCAGGCCAGGGCAUGGCCUCGUCAGUUCUCAUUUUGGGUUUUAAAAUCGUUUUUCUAUAAGUUGUAUAAUCAUGGCUAGAUAUCUCACUGGCUCAAAUGCUUGGCCAAAUGAUGGUGGACCUGCCCUUUCCUUGACAUGCUUGUUGGGAACGAACGUUCGAGAGAACACGUUGGUAGGCCAGACAAGUAGGACCAAGUAAAGAAGGACCCGUCCACGAGCGAUAACGACAGCAACUUCUGACAGUUUUGUUCGAGACAAUGGAUAGAUCUACUGACCAGCUGGAGUUCCGGGACAAGGAUUUCGACCUGGAUUCUCCCCGUGGUAUCAAAUUUGGCGGCGUGUCGUCCAAGAAACGCCUGCUCACAGGUGGCGUAGUGGUUCUGCUCCUAGCAGUAGUUGGUUUGGCAGUCGCAUUAGGCGUUGUCCUGUCAAGAGGCCCUCCUCCUAAAGGUAACGUCAACGGUGCGUCGACGCAUGGUCCCACAGCGCCUCCUGCCGGAACAGCCUUGCCUGGCAGGGAAAGGCGGUACAAUGGCGAGGUCGUCCUGACCUUUGUUCGAGGAGAGCCCGCCAGUUUUUCCGACGAUCUCGCUGAUGGCGCUUCAGCACUAUUCGUGGAGUUGGCCACUUACAUCGAAAGAGAGAUCAAUGCUAUUUUCUCGGAAGGAGACCUUAAGAAUGUCUACAGUGAUACCGAAGUUACGGGCUUUGCCGAAGAUGACUCGGGAAUCGUCGCAAACUUUGUUCUACGGCUCCGGUCAUCAAAAUUCCCAGCAGAGAUUACCGCAACUUUCCGAAAUGGCCUCGGAGGUGCCGAAAACAACUUACUGGGAACCGGCGGUUACGUCAUUCUUCCCGAGUCCCUGGUCAUUCAGGGCGAAGGUGACGUGACGACCACGAAGUUGCAGAUGACGCUGACAGCCAUGGCCGGCCUGCCUGCGCAGUACACCGACAGCCUGGGCGACGAAAACUCGGCUGACUUCCAGAAACACGCGGUAGCCAUCGAAGAGUCGGUUGACAUCCUUUUCCAAGGGAGCGACAUAGCGUCCACUUAUGAAGGCUGCAAGGUGGUGUCUUUCCGAUCGGCACCGUCAGGGGGCGUUCUUAUGGAGAUAGAAAUCUACCAAGCAGUGGAUGCGGCAGUUGCGGCGGUCCACUUGGCCAACAUCUUUGAGACUCGUCUUGGCGGCGGGUUGAACAACAUCUUGGGGAGCGAAGGCUACUUUGUGGACCCAGGCUCACUCCUAGCAGUGCCGAGCUGGCUGGGUGAUGACGUGGUGCCGGGACCAGAGCUCUCCUGUCCUCCAGGAUUUUCCGAGCCCCCCUUGAUACUGAUCUCCCUGGACGGCUUCCGGGCAGACUACCUUCUGAGGAACGUCACGCCCUACCUGGGCAAACUGAGUAGGUAUGGGUCCCAUGCACCGUACAUGAGAGCACAGUACCCAACCAAGACCUUCACAAACCACUACACUCAGGUCACCGGCCUGUACCCGGAGUCACACGGUAUCGUCGACAACCUGAUGUACGAUAACGUGUUCAGGGCCACCUUCAGACUGUCCAGCUCGGAAGCCAAGAAGGCUCGGUGGUGGGGAGGGGAGCCGUUGUGGAACACAGUAGAGCAGCAGGGACUGAAGGCGGCCACGUACUUCUGGCCGGGGUCAGAUGUGGACAUCCAGGGCAUGCGGCCAAGCUACUAUUACGAUUACGAUGGGAGCGUGUCCUAUGAAGACAGGGUAGACCAAGUCCUGCAAUGGUUAGAACUGCCUCAAAAUGAACGACCCAGCCUGCUCAUCACGUACUUUGACCAGCCGGAUCUCGCAGGGCACAUAAACGGACCGGACAGCGAAGCCGUGUAUAAGGAGAUGAUGCGUGUGGAUGCGGUCAUCGGUCGGCUCAUGGACGGUCUGCUCGCCAGGAACCUGUCGGACUGUGUGAACGUGGUGGUGGUGGCAGAUCACGGUAUGACACCAACGAGCUGCGACAGAGUUGUUUUUCUGGAAGACCUGAUUGACAUCAGCCCGCUGUAUGUGUCACGUGAUGGUACGCUCAUGCGCGUCACUAGGUCCUUCUACGCACCGGAAUCUUAUGUCUGGGAUCCCGAUGGCUUGGUGAAGAAUCUGACGUGCGCCGAUGACCACUUCACGCCCCACACUAAGCAGGCCGGACUGCCCAAGCGGCUCCACUACGCCAACAACCGCAGGAUCGAGGACGUCGUGUGCACGGUGCAGGAUGAGUGGCUGUUCGCCAGGACGCACAGUUUUAGUCGCUGUGAAGGCGGCGAGCAUGGCUACGACAACGACUUCAGAAACAUGUCGGCAUUGUUUACUGCUUACGGACCCGCCUUCCAUCAGGGUCUCGUGGUUGACCCUUUCGGCAACAUCGAGCUGUACAACAUGUUCUGCGAUUUACUGGGCGUAACUCCCGCCCCGAACAACGGCACCAGGGGCAGUCUGAACCACCUCCUGCGGCAGCCCAGGGCGACUCCCCCGCCCCAGGAGGACGGUCUGGACCCUGCCAUGACCUGCUCAUUUCCCAGCACCGCGUCUGACUACGACUCUAUCAUCGACGCGACCAUGUCCGGGUGUCUGUGCAACGUUGACCAGUGGAGUACAUAUGACCAAAACCUCAACCUGACGGAUUCACAAGUCUCAGAGUAUCAGCAACUUCACCUGCCUUCCGGAACGCCCCAGAACGUCUUCACCCCGGAAUACUGUGUCCUGACAACGGCCAAGUACGUCACAAGCUUCUCCCAGCAGUACGUCAUGCCGAUGUGGACGGCGUUUACACUGGACCAAACCACGCAGGGCCUCUCGUCCGAGAUCGCAGACUGCCUGCGGACAGACGUCCGACUCCCGGCGGGGCAGGCGGCCUCCUGCUCCGAGUACCAGAACACGAGCCUGUCCACAGGGUUCCUCUAUCCGCCAGGUCUGAGUGCGGACCUGACGGGACAGAUGGACGCCUUGGUCAUGUCUAACGUCGUGCCGCAGUACCGGGGAUUCAAGGAAGGCAUUUGGAACUUCACAAUGAGCCUAGCGGCCAGUUGGGCACAGACGUAUCAAGGCGUCCAUGUUGUCGCUGGACCCAUAUUUGACUACAACUUUGAUGGAGUGAGGGACAACAUUACAGCCGACUACAUGAGGUUCGUUGAGGACACUGUGACAGGCGUGCCCACCAGGAUCCCGCUGCCCACACACUACUUCGUGACGGUCACCAGGUGUGAUGGGGACAAUCCUCCCACAGUGACGUGUCCCAGGUGGCAGGUGGUGUCUUUCAUCCUGCCGCAUGCAGACAGCACCCCCACCUGUAUGCCUAUGCGGGAGUACCUGUCGAUGCACGUGGCCCGUGUGAAGGACGUGGAGCUGCUGACGGGCCUGACGUUCUACCGUGACCUCCCCGUCACCGAGGCCACCCGGCUCAGGGUCCACCUGCCUGAGACCCAGGACCUCUGGGCAUGGGCAUAGACUCACACGUGGGGCUGCAGUUUACAUGAUUUGGACGAGAACUGGUGGGGACAUGAUGGUGGAGAUACUAGUUCACUGUAGUAAAAAACCCUAGUCUCCACCAGACUCCUUUGCAGGCUGAAUAAACAGUAGAAAUCGGCCUGAAAAUAUAACUGGCCACAGGAGUUGGCCGGCCAUAGAGGGUCCAGUUUGCACGGACACAUACGACCAAUCUGAACCGCUAACCAGUUUGUAACACACACUGUUCAUCUUCUGUACUAAUGUUAUCAUGCCCUCUUACUCAGUAAAAUGAUUUACCCUAACUUAACUCUAAUUGGACCAAUCCGUACCCAUAUGUUUCGUGGAAUGUGACUAGCUGC